GUAAACAUCAGCUGUUCAACUCUAGCUACAGAUAACAGUUAGCUGCUAUGCUAUCAAACAGGUUGAUAGCCUGGCUAGCCAACACACUGUUGCUGUAAGGUAGAUACAUGUAGUGAGUCUGACAACACGUGUAAGAUCGAGUGAACAUGCGGAGAUGUGACUUGAUAUAGAAAAACUUCAAGACGGACAUGGAGAGCAAACUGUCGUCUGCUGUCCAGUCUAAUGACAUUAAACAGCAGAGGAGACAAAGAAAGGAGCCUGCAGAGCCACACACGGCCUCACCACCAUCUCUGAUUCUCCCUAAUCCUUAUGUGCACGACCAGAGUUCAAGAGGGAGCCGAUUGUCAGGUUUGAGCCCAAAGCAGAAUCCAUCAAAUACAAAUGGAGCGCCAGCAGGGAAAGAUGGGUCGAGGAGUCACGGCUACAGCAGCAGCCGUCGUGUCAGAGAGACCAGUGAUGACUUUCUGCUGAGAGACAGGUCCUCCCGGGAUCCACAAGCAAAGCCAUCAAAAGGCAACAAUGGCUCUCCUGCACAGGUCAGACUUAUGGGCAAAAACUCACUGGAUGCACAGAAAAAAGGUUUCAGAGGUCCCAGAUCUGCCCCGAACUCUGCAGGGAAGGCACAACCAGCACAGACAGACACGGUCCCAUUUGAGGUGAAGAUGACUGAUUUCCCAGAGUUGGCUGGUGGUUCGCUGGUCAAACCUGGCCCUCCUCUUGUCCAAAAAGAGUGCUGGGGUCCAAAACCUCCGUCCUCAAGCCCUCAAACAUCUGCAUCUUCCUGGAAGUCUGGCAGGAAAGGAUCCCCAACACAACCAGAUCCAGAACCAGAAAUUCCCACUAAUACGAAGCCAGAUUCCUCUGCUGCUUCACCAGGUCAGACGGUGGUAACUUCCUGGGCUAAUGUUGCAUCUCAGCCUCCAAAGAAACGGGUUCCUAAAGAGACGACAAUCAACAGCAACCACAUGCAGAUGGAGGACAUCGCUACCCAGCAGGAAGAGGGGGCCCCAGGGAAGAGAAAACGUAAGAAAAAGAAGAAGAAGUCUAAAGGUGCUGAUGAAGAUGCAGAAGCUGAUUCAGAAGAGCCGGCAAUGUAUCAGGAGCCUCCGAAAUUUGAGGACGAAGAGGAGUUUCCAGGCUUGACUCCUGCUCUGACUGGGACUGAUAGAUUGAUAACAAUCAGCUAUGCAGCAAAACUAUGCAAUGAGGAAAACCAAAGAGAAGGUGUUCAAACCAAGGAAAAAUCACCUGCAGCAAAAACUCAGCCCACAGAGGCGGCUAAGAAAGGACAGAAAUCUGAAAAGGUGUCCGGGAAGAAAAGCAAAGUUCCUGUUCAGCUGGAUAUUGGAAACAUGUUGGCCGCUCUGGAAAAGAAGCAAUCUCAAAAAGCCAAGCAGGACGCCAAACCAGUGAUUCUCUCAGUUGGUGGCGGACUACCUGUUGUCCAGAAGCAACAAUUAGCCCAGAAGAAGCCUCCGUGGCAGCAGGAUAAAAUUGCACACAACCCUCUUGACUCCACCAGCCCUUUGGUGAAGAAAGGCAAGCAGAGGGAGGUGCCCAAGGCCAAAAAACCCACUCCUCUCAAAAAGGUCAUUUUGAAAGAAAGGGAGGAGAGGAAACAAAGGCGUCUGCUGGAGGAGAGAGGACUGCUGCCUGAAAAUGAAUUCCAACCUGCUGAUGAUGCUGCAGAAAAAGAAGAGCAGUGUGACACAAACACCGCAGUAGUGAUAGAGGAGGUUGAGAGUCCGACAGAAGAACUCGAUAUUCAGUCAGAGUUUAAUGACACAAACCAGACGGUGAAAGAGGUGGACGAAGAGGCCGACAAAGACCAGAUUGUAGAGCAACAAAGCCCCCCACCUGUGGCCUGCCCAGCUAGUCGACCCAAAAUCCACAGCAGAAAGUUCAGAGACUAUUGCAGCCAGAUGCUGAGCAAAGACGUGGAUGAGUGUGUGACGAAUCUGUUAAAGGAGCUGGUUCGUUUCCAGGACCGCCUGUACCAGAAGGACCCCAUGAAGGCCCGCAUGAAAAGACGCAUUGUGAUGGGGCUCCGAGAGGUCCUGAAGCACCUCAAACUCAGGAAGGUCAAAUGUGUCGUCAUCUCACCCAACUGUGAACGCAUCCAGUCCAAAGGAGGGCUUGAUGAGGCUCUUUACACCAUCAUCGACACGUGUCGUGAACAGGGUGUGCCGUUCGUUUUUGCUCUCUCCAGGAAAGCUUUGGGUCGCUGCGUCAACAAGGCAGUGCCUGUCAGCCUGGUGGGCAUCUUCAACUACGAUGGUGCACAGGACUUCUAUCACAAGAUGAUCGAGUUGACGUCUGAGGCCAGGAAAGCCUAUGAGGAGAUGCUUUUGAGCCUGGAGCAGCCGGAUCAGGCAGAGGCAGAGGAGGCAGCGAACACUGAGGAAGAGCUGCAGAUCAGCAGCCUGGCUGAGCCUGGUCCGGACACCACGCAGCCAGAGGAACCAGAGUACAUAAAAAUUUGGAAGAAAAUGUUGGAGAAGGAUUACAACCACAAAUUUCUGAACUUUGAGGAGCAGCUGAGCUCGAUGCACUUGGACAGUGAAUGUACUGAAAAAAAUGAUGAAGAUGAGAAGAGUUGACAGUGGCCGAUCCCUCUGUGCCUGAACAAAAAAAAAAAAGAACGCACUCGUGCUGAACACCAGUUUAAAGGAGACUAGGAUGGACUUAAUCCCAAACGCCAUCUGCUCUGCUGCAGUGCUUCUCGACCCGAGGAUUUUGUCAGGAAAUUAACCAUGUUGCUAAAGUUUGCAAUGAAUUAUGAUUUCCUUUUAUAUUCUUUUGGAAAAGUACUAUUUUUGUGUUUGAGUUCAAGAUAAUUGGGAAAAGCUGUCUAGAGAGUUAUAACCCGGAGAGGUUUAAUCACUGACUUAUUAGGACCAAACCACUCACUCGAAAAGAUCCCACAAUAUGAACUUUCAACCAUGUUGUCUGUGAACAUGACUAGAGGAUGUGUAGGGCUUUAUGUACUGAUUGUGUGUAGAAUAACAAGCUACACAGUUAAAAGAAAUCAAUUUUGUUCAGUUUAUAAGUACUUUUCUGGCAUUUUUGCCUUUUUUGUUUUUGGCAGGGCCAUUAAAGAGACGGCAGGAAAUAGUGGAGAGAGAGAGGGUGAACAGCAAGCAAGAAAAGUCUUUAUUUUUUAUUCUAAUUGCACUACAUAGCAGAUCUUGUGUUUUUUUAAUUUAAAGAAGACUCCCUAUGAUUAGGUGUAAAUUCUAGCAUUUGAUUUUCUUUCAAUAGGAAGGAAUUAUGUUUAGAAGAAUUAUCUUCUUUUAGCUUGACUUGGUUAAAAUGUGAAUUUUUUUUUGACCAUCAAAGAGAGGAAUAAGAAACCAUAAAAUAGCAUCAUGAUAAAACAGUAAUCAACAGUGCCAAGUGUCAGUUAUGUAUUAAAAGACGUCCGCUAAAUUACUAGAUGUAAAUUUAAGAAGGAAUGAAUGAUAUAAUUUGAAAUCGUUCAUUACCCAAGUCAGAAUCUAUAGUGUGAAGGAGAGAAAUCUUAUGAUUUCGACCCAUAAGGACUUCAGAAAUUGCAAAAUAUAAACAUUUAAUCUGUGGAAUAAUGAGGUUAUGCCAGAUCUGAUAGUGAAUCUGAUGAAAAAAUCUAAUUUGAAGUUGAAAUGGGAUUCGGUCUAAAUUGUCUUUUUGCAAUUGAACAGAAAGGAGGAGGAAUAAGACGUUUCUUUAGGACAUUUUGACAUUAAACAGGAAAAGCACAAGUGUACUUUUAAUUUUACAGCAUCGACUAUUUCCUGCAAGUCAAAAAGUCUACACUGUCUUAAAUUUCACACAAGUCUUAUCAGCAAAGGCUUGAUUUUUUGGGAAAUAUGCUCAUUUGCUCUCUGGUGGAGAGUUAGAUCAGAAGAUGAUACUGAAUAUAUAAGACUACAGCCAGCAGCUGCUUAGCUUAGCAUAAAUACUGAAAAUGUGCACAGCUUAUAAGCACUUCUAAAGCUUACUUACUGACACCUUAUAUCUUAUUUGUUUUAGUGCAAAAUCUGUUGCAUAAGAAGGUCUAUUUGACAUUUAUGUGCAACUCUAUAUCUUGGUUCUGAGCUUUCCCAAAUUGCUAUUUGCAGCCAAGAAAUAGCAGAAAAAUUCUCCCCCGUGAAAUGUCUAAAUGUAGUAUCAUAUUCUCCACCAGUUAUUGAGUAAGCGCGUUCCCCAAAACUUCUAACUGUUCAUUUAAAUGCUCUUCUAUAAAAUGGUUGAAUAAGUUAUGUUCUAAUGAGAGACCAUGCUGUGAAACAAUAAACAAUACAUUUAAAACCGCAUCAAAAUUUAAAACAAAGGAAGUAAGAUUUAAAAAAAAAAACGAAUGUUGUUGCAAAGUUAUUUUUUCUGAUUUUUUUAUUUUAUAAACUCUGAAUGUAGGCAGGAGUGAAGACAAAUUUCCUUAAAAAAACGGAGAUACAAAUAUUUUUAAUGCAUAAAUAGUCAGAUGGUUCUGUUGUCGUCACAUAUAAAAUGAGAGGACAGUUUGUGGAGAUGAUUUUUUUUCUUCAGGCAAAUUAAAUGUAAAAUGUCAUUUGCAUAAAGAGGACAAAUGCAGUGUUUACUUUGAAUGUGGUUCAUUACUAAAUAAGAGAAAGAGAAGCGGACCAAGUACUCUUCCUUGAGGCAUCCCACUAUCAGACAGAAUAAUCUUAAAUCUAACCAUCUGGGAUCUGUUGAGGUUAAUGUAAAGAUGCAAGAAAAAACAAAAUAACUGAUUUUUUUAUUUUUAUUAUUUUGUAAAAAAAAUAUUACAGUAAAUAAUUGAGUUCUGGCCUGAUUAAAGACUUGGACAAUAUUUUAGUUAAUGAAAUUAAAUGUUUCUUUCCAAAACGAUGUCCUGUCUCAAACUGAAUAUUUGUAAAAUAAUUUAAUAGCAAUUUCAAACACCUUAAAUACAUUUUAAGAAAAUCAGUGAAAUAAAUAUUUCAAAACAAUAUACCCUGGAAUAAAACUCAUCUGUCAAAUUAGUUAUAGGAACAAUCAUUUAUAAAUCAGUUGCAUUUGUUUGUACCUUGCAGAAUAAAUAACCGGUUUCGUUGAUUAAACUCC